AUGUCUUCUGUCCAACCAGACAUCUCCAAAAUCUUUGUCAAUUAUCUACGCAAUUCACGGCAGCUCAGCUGCCCCAUCUGUCAGGUGGACGUUAAGCCGCCGACGCUCGAUGGAUUCAAACAGCAUGUCCAAAACAGCGGGGAGAAGCACCCCACGGAGGAAAAGGCCAUUCUGGACGCCUUCCAGCGGAUGAAACUUACCUCAUCCAAACCUCACUCCCCCCCGCCCUCUACCCCAACUAGGCGGGGGCGAGGCAGGCAGCAAGCCGACAAUAACAAAGAGUUUGAUCGCGGUACCAAAGGUGCAAGUACUCGCCAACUCUGGAGUCCAAGCAGCGGCGGUCUUCAAAGACCUUCUCAGCUCAAAACACAAACUCUGGGCCAACGAUCUAGACCGUUGUCGCAUACCAAGCCAAACCAGCAUAAAAUGGAGGAGCCCGAUCCGGAACCUGGCCCAGAAGCAGAUGUCGAGGCGGACGACUCGUAUACCGAGGAUCCUUCUGUAUCUCAGCUGAUCCGGCAGCCUGAAACUAGGCCGAUAUCCCAGGAACAGCUCGUCGCUGAAGUUAAAGGCAUCUACGCCGGACUUGUCAUGGUAGAAAGCAAGUGUAUUGAGGUUGACAAUGCUCAAUCAGCCAAUAAAGACUCGCCACAGCAGCUUAAUAACGAGCAGUGGCAAGCACUAAUUGCCCUGCACCGUACGCUGCUUCACGAGCAUCAUGACUUUUUCUUGGCGAGUCAACAUCCGUCUGCUAGCCCGGCACUUCGACGGCUGGCCUCUAAACUGCCACUAUCUCUAGAACACAUGCUUACUUUCAUCUACAUUGCGUACAGCAUGAUGGCUCUUCUCUACGAAACUGUACCUGCAUUUGAAGAUACUUGGAUCGAAUGUCUCGGAGAUUUGGGCAGAUACCGUAUGGCAAUUGAAGACGACGAUAUUCGAGACCGAGAAACUUGGACUGCUGUUUCUCGAUACUGGUACUCAAAGGCAUCGGAUAAGCUACCGACCACUGGUCGACUCUACCAUCACCUAGCUAUUCUGGCGCGUCCCAACGCGCUUCAGCAGACGUAUUACUAUACAAAGUCUCUCUGUGUCCCUAUCCCGUUCCUAAGUGCCAGGGAGAGCGUUAUGACUCUGUUUGAUCCAGUUUUGAGUUCAAACCCGCCUCGGCUGGAAUUAAUUGAUCUUGCUUUUGUGCGCAUCCUGGCUAUCUUCUUCUCUGGCAAAGAAAAGGGCCAGCUAGGGAACGCCGCUAAACAAUUCUUGAGUCUCUUGGAUGGACAUAUUGCUCGAAUCACGAAAAGCUGGCUGGAAGCUGGAUACUAUAUGGGCAUUUCUAUUACAUGCUCUCUCCUUGGCUUCGGCGACGAUUCCAAUGUCCUAAAACAUGCCAUUGUCCCCAAGCGGUCUGAUGACAUGGACACUGCUGGAGAAUCCAUUGCUCCGGAGCCCAUUCCAGCAGACACUUUUUACCAAUCGCUCUCUUUGGCUGUACAAACACUCGAGAUAGUAAUUCAGCGGUGGGGAGACAUGAAUAUACUGCCAUUCCUCCACACACAAAUGGUGUUUAUACACCAUUUGUCUAAAUUUCCCGCUGCGAUGAAAUUCAUCGAGCAUAAGUACCCCUGGAAGCUGAUAGCGACUAUGCUUAACUACUUGAAGCAGUCCUGCAAGUUUGAACCUCGCAUGGACAGUGCAGUAUUCCCUGGAGCAGAAAAUCAAGAUCACUACCGACCACUCCCAGAAGAUUAUGCCAUGCGUGGCCUGAUCUACACUGAGGAGUACUUUCCCUUUAACUGGUUCUCUGGCGAAAUCGUUGAAGAAGAUGAAAAAUACUUUGAGCAGGCAUCCAUGGUGGAUGCUCGAAAGGAGAGAAUCCUGUGGAUUGGACGACAAAUUUCUUCUGUUGGCCAGUGGCUCUUAUGGGAUGCAGAGAACUCAACGUUCACUGUGGCAGAUGAGUAUGAUACUGACUUUACAGCCAAAACUCCCGAAGUGGGUGCCAGGGAGAUUGUAAGUCUCGGACUUGGCGCACAAGGCGACGCUCUUCCUCAAAUAGAUUAA